AGUCCUCCCUCCAUCCCUCUUUGUGAUGUCUCGCGUGGGGGGGAGAAAAAUGCUUUGAAUACCUGCGACACGGCAGCGAGCAUUGAUUGUCGAGAUUGACAGCGCCAGAGAGAGAGAGAGAGAGAGAGAGAGAGAGAGAGAGAGAGAGAGGGGAGAGGGAGAGAGAGAGAGAGGAGAGGGAGGGAGGGAGAGAGUUGGAAAAAGAGGGAGGGAGAUAAAGAAGAGAGCAACAAAAGCUAUACUUGUACUUUUUGGACAGCUCAAGUUCGGCGAGCGCAUGCGGGACCUUCGCUGAUUCUGAUGCUGGCGCCGCGUUGACGAAACAAACCAAAUCAGAAAGAAAGAAAGAAAGAAAGAAAGAAAGAAGACUUUUCGGGUUCCUUCAGCGCCACUUGUCUUUUUCUUACGACACGGAGAGGAAACACACUCGCCGCUUUCUCCUCGACUUACGUCGUCAAGGUCAUUUACAUGAAUUCAAAAUCAAAGUGCCAGUGAGUAGCUGGAAACUGGGGAGCGAGUCUUUCAGUUUUUAACCCCCCACGCUGACAUGGAAGGCUUUCUUCGUAGCAGCUUUUUACUGAGCAGAGUCAUGUCUUCCAAGCAAGCCACGUCUCCUUUUGCCUCUGUGGUUGACGGAGAUGAUGCCAUGAGCCAGGAGCACUUGUCUUGGGAAAAAGAGGAGACGGCUGACGCCCACUGCACACCGCAGCUGCCGCUGCACAAUCUGCUCCAUGGAAAAGCCCAUCUUGAUGAAAUGCAGCCGCUGAGCAGCGUACCCCCAGAGAGCGACUGGGACAGCUUGGUGUCUGCCCAACAACGCAUGGAAUCUGACAGCAAUAAAGUAUGUUCCCUGUACUCCUUCCGCAACAAUUCCACUUCCCCGCACAAGCCUGAGGAGGGGGCCCGGGAGCGAGGCGACCUGCUGAGCGCGUCGGCGUUCGGAACUCCGGAGCGCCGCAAAGGAAGCCUGGCAGACGUCGUGGACACACUCAAGCAGAAGAAGUUGGAGGAGAUGACAAAGACAGAACAAGACGAUUCAUCCUGCAUGGAGAAACUACUUUCUAAAGACUGGAAAGAGAAGAUGGAGCGGCUCAACACGAGCGAUCUUCUAGCUGAUGUAAAAGGUACUCCCGAGAGCCUGGCAGAGAAGGAACACCAGCUCUCCACAAUGAUCGGCCAGCUGAUCAGCCUCCGAGAGCAGCUCCUGGCCGCCCACGACGAACAGAAGAAGCUGGCCGCCUCACAAAUGGAGAAGCAGAGGCAGCAAAUGGAGUUGGCUCGUCAGCAGCAGGAGCAGAUUGCCAGACAACAGCAGCAGCUUCUGCAGCAGCAGCAUAAGAUCAACCUCCUACAGCAGCAGAUCCAGCAGGUCCAGGGUCACAUGCCUCCGCUCAUGAUCCCCAUUUUUCCACACGACCAACGCACUCUGGCAGCAGCCGCCGCCGCCCAGCAAGGCUUUCUCUUCCCUCCGGGAAUGUCUUAUAAGCCAGGUGAUAACUACCCCGUGCAGUUCAUUCCCUCCACAAUGGCAGCUGCGGCAGCGUCAGGACUCAGCCCCCUCCAGCUGCAGCAACUGUACGCCGCCCAACUUGCCAGCAUGCAGGUCUCUCCUGGAGCCAAGAUGCCUCCGCUCCCGCAGCCCCUCAAUGCCAGUGGGCCCAUUUCCCCCUCCUCUCUGAAGAAUGACAAGAGUUCCUCCAGCCCUAUCACUCAAGUCAAGGAGGAAGGAACACAGCCGCUCAACCUUUCGGCUCGGCCAAAGACAACAGACAUGGUCAAGUCCCCGACUUCCCCGACGCAAAACCUGUUCCCCGGCUGCAAAGGCAACCCAAACAGCUUCGCUAACAAGGGCGGUAUCCCCAGUCCGCUUGGAGGUGGCCUGGGCCGGGGCUCCUCGUUUGACAUCCUAUCCAGCCUCAACUCUACGGCGCUGUUCGGGGACCAGGACACGGUGAUGAAGGCCAUCCAGGAGGCCCGAAAAAUGAGGGAGCAGAUCCAGAGGGAGCAGCUGCAACACCAUCAGCAGGGCAUGGAGGCGAAGCUGUCCGCCCUCACCUCGGUCGGCCUCAACAACUGCAGAGUUGACAAGGAAAGGGCCCAUUUUGAAGGAAUCGGGCACCACCUCGGCAAGUUGGCUGAAGACGGAAAGCUCGGCCACAGAGUCAUUGAUCUCACCAGGCCGGAGGACCUUGAUGGAGGCGCCGGAUCAGCCGAGGCGAGAGUCUUCAGGGAGGCGAGGGGGAGGAACAGCAACGAGCCGCAUAUUAAGAGGCCGAUGAAUGCGUUCAUGGUGUGGGCCAAAGAUGAGCGGCGCAAGAUCCUCCAGGCCUUCCCGGACAUGCACAACUCCAAUAUAAGCAAGAUUCUGGGUUCCCGGUGGAAGUCCAUGUCCAACCAGGACAAGCAGCCGUAUUAUGAAGAACAGGCGCGUCUGAGUAAGCUCCACUUAGAGAAGUACCCCAACUACAAGUACAAGCCCCGGCCUAAGAGGACUUGCAUCAUCGACGGCAAGAAGCUGCGCAUCGGAGAAUACAAGCAGAUGAUGCGCUCGCGGCGACAAGAGAUGAGGCAGUUCUUCACUGUCGGGCAACCACCCCAGAUUCCCAUCACCACAAGCGCCAGUAUGGUUUACCCCGGGGCCCUCGCUAUGGCAACGACGACGCCCUCGCCCCAAAUGACGUCGGAGUGCUCGAGCGCCUCGGCGAGUCCUGAGCCGACCAUCCCCGUCAUUCAGAGCACCUUCAACAUGAAGCUGGAGGCCAACAACGUCGCCAAAAACAGAGAGCAGGUCAACGGCGAGGACGACAUGGACAUAUACGAAGACUUUGAGGACGAGCCCAAAUCAGACUACAGUAGUGAAAAUGACACACAAGAGCCGGUCAACGCCAACUAAUGGACGUCCAGCGGGAAAUGUUAAGACGGCACCACCGAGGUUUGAAAGUGUUCACAAGGAGGACAAAAACAUGAUGCAAGCCAGCAUGUGGCUUCAGUAAAUCAAAAGAAAAAAAAAAAGCUAUUUGGUCUUAAGCGUUUCUUCGUGUGUGUGUGUGUGUGUGUGUGUGUGUGUGUAGCUACUAUACGUUUGUCUUGUUUUUUUCAAAUGUCCUUUUUCUCAUGUCAUUGUGAUCAUGGACGUCGCAAACAAAAUGGCUGUGACCUAGAACAUACAGAACUUGAAAUCAAACAUUUGCUUAUUACGGUUUAUUGACCUUGUUUCUGAACCAUUUCGGGACAUGACAUAAGUGUCUCACUCAGGUAUUGUGUGCCAGCCAACAGCUUGCGAAUGUGUCUGAGCAUCAUGGCGACAUCACCAGAACAAAAGGUCACAUGAUUCCAUCACACAUCGGUAUCAGUACGAUUUAUGCUCUUAAACCCCCGAGGUAGUGCGUCAGUCCCAAACAAGUAACUUCUAUUAAGAGAGAGGAUAAAUCAGUGACAAUUAAUCCAGAUUCAUUAUCUACACAAAUACGAGUCGGGAAGGUCAGAAGAGCUUUCCCGUAAUCACGAAACAAAGAUUAGCCCAAUCCACUCGGGGGGGGGGGGG